AUGAACUCCAAUACUUCCAACCAAGUGGUAGUUAAUAAUAAUAGUCUCGACUAUUAUGUUAAUUUAAUCAAUUAUUACAUUACAAACCCUAUCACAAACCAACUUGAAAUACACAAUCACCAUCCUAAUGAGACAAGUGACUUGCGUUUACAAUACGCAAUAAUUUACCUUAAUGAAGCGCUACUGAAAUAUCCAGAGGCUUAUGAACUAAAGAUUUUAGAUCAUCGAAUUGCAUUAAAACUAGGAGAUACCACUAAAGCUAAACAAAUUUUCGAUUCUAUUCGUGAAAAAUUCCCUGAUCAUAUACCUUUUAAAAAGUAUCUUGCUGAAAUUACACAAUCUGUCUUAGCGAAAUCACGAGACGACAACUUUUCUUUUUUUCUGAAGAUUCCAACGAAAACACAACGCGAAGUUUUUAUAAGAACAGCAAUUUAUUAUGAAUCGACUGGUGCAUUUUUGGAAUCAUGUCAAAUGUUUGCUCUUGUUUUAAAAACUUAUCCAGAGACCACCACUUAUUAUGGGGCACAUGCAGCUCAACUUGCUAUACAAUGUGAAAAUCACCCUAUGUCAGUUCUUAAUCCAUAUCGGCAAUGCUUAGUUAAUGGAAUACUACCAGGAAUUCUUAGAAUUAAAAUGACUGUAUAUACUAAAAAAAUUCCGAUGGAUAUUGUUGUUUAUCAACCGGAGCUGCCAUUGUCCUCUGCACCUUUUAUCUCCAAUUCAAAUAACCCAGUCGCACAAUCAUCAUUUCACGUGACUUUUGAUCAAUUGAAGCAAUGGCUUCAAUGUGGUCAAAGUUUCUACAUUGCAAAUAAAGACUGGAAGAAAUUAUUUGAAGUCUCAUUAAGUGUAAUGGAUACUUGCAAUUAUAUAAAAUUGAAAAGUUCUCCAAGAACAACUUUAGUGGAUCUAUUUUUGGAUUGUCGAAAGCUCCCUGAGAAACUCUUUAAAUUACUUUGUCAAGAAAAAAUUAUAAAAGAUCCUUUGGCGUACAGUUUCGCUCAAACAAUAGAAAUGGCCUGUUUUGUACAUUGCUGCUAUGAGUUUUACGAGUAUGUGGCUGGUUUAAAGAGUAAAUCAUCUGGGGGACAGAGAACUUUUUUAAUACCAUGCUGGCCUAGUCCUCAUUUUGAAUCGACAGGAGUAUUAAGAACAAGAAUAGAAAAAUCAAAAUUUUCGUUUAAUUCAAAAGAUAAUGAAGAAAUAUUAUCAUCAGAUGAAUCAGUCAGUAAGAGAGUUAUCAAAAAAAGAAAAUUGGCGAAUUCCUCGAAUAGCACCACGAUUUUAUCCGAAAUGGGAGUAACUGUAAGUGAACAUAGGGGAAAGGAAAAGGCAAGGGACACAAACAUUAUGAACGUAUAUAAUCUUAUCCAUAAUGAAGAAGAGAAGGUAGAGAAGGUCGAAUAUAAAGAUAAUGAAAAAAUUGGGAGAUUAUCAAGUAAAGAUUCAGAUGAUUUAGCAAAUACACAUCUAAAAAGAGAGGACGCGAGUUUCACUGAAGAUAAUCAAUUUGAUGAAUCCAUGGUUAAUGAAGCAAUCAUAGCAUUGGAACGUGCUGAUGAAUGCUGGAAUUUAAUAAAAGAAAUGUAUUCAGAAAAUACAAAUAUAGAACAAGACUUGGAGCUUCUAUUAAAAGUAUGGAAUCUGCCAUUGGAUAUUACUAAUGCAGUAAUGUUGACAAGAUCUGAACUCAACCUGAAACAUGGUGUAUAUUUCGAUACAUCACUCAAUUACUUUAAAGAUAUUUGUGGUCGGUUCUCUGGUGCAUGGGAUGAAUAUCGUCAAAAAAUUGCAGAAAAAGGGAAAAAACCAAAUAACGGUGAAGACAUGAAAAUUAACGAUACUGAAUUUGCAAUAAGAAACCAAACACCUAUAAUGUUAACUUUACGAGUGUUAUAUUCAAUCGCCAUGAUUUAUAUGAUUGCUAAAAUGUGGGGGGAAGCUCGAACCGAGCUAUUAAUAAUAUUGGCGGUUAUGCCAUAUACCACAAUUUUAAAUGAACAUUUUGAAAAAGAUGAAUGGCUAUUAAUGGAGAAAAAAAAUAAUUUCGAUAGCGAACAAUUUAAAAAUCCAUAUAAAUUGAUAGAAGUUACACAAGAAGGAUUGAUUGUAAGGGCAAUAAAAGACCUAAUUUGGUCAUAUGAGAUGGAACUUGAUACAAAUUCAUCCAACAACAAUGAUAAAUUAUGUCAGUUAAUAGUGCUAUCUCAAUAUGGAUGGCCAUAUUGGAGAGAUCGAUUAUUUCACCCUAUAAUUCUGCCUGGAAUUAAGAAAUGUGGAGUUUUGAUUUAUCCUCAAUUUUUGCAAUUCGUUUCUAAUAUUGAAAUUGCCAAAGGAAUAGUUAAAUUAUAUCAAACUUCACCCAAUCUAAAAUUGCAAUUAUUACCAAAUAAUAAUUCUACAUCGGAUUCUAUCAAAGCACUUGAUACUUUUAUACGGAGGGAGACAAUUUCAUCUUUUACUACAGAUACAUCGUCAUCUAUUGACUCUUUAAUAGAGUUUUGUAAAAUGAGUUUGGCCGAAAAACAAAUUUCCGAUAAUACUCGAAGUCAUAAUGACACAGAAAAAAAUGGAGAGAAUUCU